UCUGAUUCCCAGGAACGGCGUCAGACACGAGAUGAUGGAUUCAAGUCGCUCGGGCCACGCGGCUGUCGCCGAGGCAGAAUGAGAACGCUGGCGUCAAAACCGACCUUUGCUCAUCCCUCUGUUCGAAAUAUAGGAAUUACUCUGUAAUACUAUCUCCGCAGUCGUUUAAUACGCGUAAACGCGCCUGCGCCGCAAAACCCCCCCGGCUGUACUGUUUUGCUGGCGCGUUUUCCCAUCUCCCCGGAUAGCCAACGAAAAAACCCCUUGAAAAGGAACGGGAUACAUUCAUCUCCAGAAGCCCACCGGUAUGCAGAGGAGAGCUGUCACUGCGAUCGCAUCUCUCUGGCUCGCCUGUCACCAAACUAUUCUUCCUCUUUGUUUCUCAGGCCACAUGCGCAUAGCUGAUAGCUCACCCCUUCUGGCGUUAACGCCAUACAACCAACCUCACCGGGAAGAAAGACGAUGUGGGUUGCACCUGGCAUGCAGAAGGCAGUUCUCCACCCCCCAUCUGGGUGUUGCAUUGGUCAGAGGUAUAUACAUAUGUAAACCAGGGGCUCCAGGCCAGACCAGACCUGUGGAAUGUCCAUGUCCUGGAAGGCGGGUGCCGGUGCCAGUGCCAGUGAUCCACGGCAGGUUCCGGUCCUGAGGAUUGGGCGCGUCCAAAUAUGUCACAUGUCUGAGUCUCCGCAUGCAUAAGGUUGUAGAGGUCGGAAAUGAGAAAUGGGACGGGAUUGCCCCGGGCCAGGUUAGGGCAGCAACGGAAUGUCUGGAGUUCCAAUCCCACAUCCUCGUCCACGGGCCUUGUCUUUGCCAGGGAGUAAUAUCAGCUCAAGUAUCCCCGUCACAAUCUGCCCGUCUUACCGGGCCUUUCCCAUUACAUCAAUGAGCUUAAGCUAUGUAUCCGG